AUGGCUGUGCCGAGUGUUACUAGCGACAAUUUCCUCGCCGUUGCUCUUGUAGUCAAUCGCUCUCGCGACGGCCCAGCAUUUGUGUUCCACUACCCGGCAAACAUUGAACCUCAUUCCAAGUCAAGUUCUUCUACAGGUGCCGAGCUUGAGGAUAUUCUUCUUGAACGGCUGUCGCAGCAGAGCUUCUCGGAUGUUGCUGACGACGUGCCUCUCCCUAAGCAGGGACGCAAUGCAGACGAGCACUCUUUUACUGAAUCUGGAUCUCAGAUUGUUCCAUGGGAACGCGUUGCAGGCUUCCCUGCUCGAGAUCUUGCGGGCAUUCUAACUCCCGCCCGCCCCUAUCACAAGAAACUUUUUCAACUAUCAUUAGAUCCGCUAUAUUGUGUAUCUUACCCUAUCCAUGUCCCCGAAAAUGGCAGAUGGAAGAAGCCGAAGAAGGCAUCCCGCGCCGAUAAGCGUUCUGCUUACAAUGAAGAACAACCAGCGCCUCAUGAGGUCGAUCCACCGUCUGCAGGAAAGCCGCCUGAGCAACACGCAGAGGAAAAGGACGGCAAGAAGGAAGACGGUAAGGACAAGGACGACGAGAAACGUAGUUCCAUGACCAUGUUUAACCUCGUCUUCAUCCUUAACCCUAGCAGUAACGAAGUUAAGGAUGUUGUUGAAUCUAUAUACGACCACAUUAUAAAGAAGGUUAGCAAGGCCUUCAAAUACAGCCAGCAACAUAGCGAAUUCGUGUGGAAAGAGUCAAAACGAAUACUUGUCGCCAAAGAUAAGGCGCGAGAGGAGCGGAAACGAAUGAGUGUUCUUUGGAAAGAAAUACUCCAGAGCUCAUCACUGGCCGCUGCCAUGCACGAUAUAUAUGAGGCAGUGUCUCAAAACAAGAUCGCCGCUCUGCAUCUCGAUACUGCAGCUGGCUCUCUGACCCCUUCGGUUCAGAUUCCUAUUCCUUUCUACAUCGAUGACCUCCCUCAGGGCGAAGAGGGGACCCAACGCGGCCUUUGGCUCACGACCGCGAAUACCUUCAUCAGUCAAGAUGCCCUCGAGGAGCCUGGCUUUCUUGAUCGCAACUUUGCUUUACUACUCACUGAUGACGAAAAGAAAUCAUCGCCGAGCUCCAGGCUGAUCCAGACCCAACUACAGCCUCAAUGGUUGAAUUUAUUCUACCAAGUUGGUCAAAGCAACAUCUUGACUCUAGGUCAAGUGCGAAAAUAUGCUCAGCAUUUUAUAUUCUGGCGUCGUGCCAUUGCUAUCCCUCCUCUGCACGCCAAGGAUCAAUAUAUAUUAUCCCCCAAUAGUGACUUAUCCCGCCUUCCGCUCGAUACCUUUGAAUGGCAAAGAGCAUUCCCUCUAGCUCCACCACUCCCAAACUUUCUCGCCGAGCUCUCUCAAGCACCUCGUCCAUACAAGCAGUUUUCGCCUAGCAAAGCCCACCGCCCGACCUAUCUUCUUAUGCUUUCCUGGCUUAUGCGCCGCGGUUGGGUGACCCAACUCUGUACAUUUGCCUACGUCGUCGUCUGGCCUGAAAUCAUGUACGAGGUCGAGUACGAGAUGGAAGCUGAAGAGUUACGUGCCGCCGCGGAUGCAGAUGCGAAUAAGAGCAAAGAAAAGGAGGCCAAAGACGAUGCCUCUACGUCUACCUCGGCCCCACGCACCUCCGAGUCUUCCGAAGGUCACUCCGGCACUGACGGCUCUCACGUCCCGACCGUUGCCGAGCAGGCCGCAGAGAAAGCCCGUCUCGAGCGGAUUGCCUCCAAAGCCCAGCGCGACGCGGCUGAAAAGGCGACAACGCAUGCUCGUAAGCCUGUUCCAGUCGCAACGGCACAUCCCUCUGUAAACGACCACCCGCAUCUCCAAGGCUUGACACCUCACAUCAUCCUCGAUGCCAAGAAGGCCACCGGCAAGGAAUCACGCUACCUGUCGGCUAUCGCCCGCCGUUUCAACGACGAAAAACUAGCAAACAGUUGGCAGGUUAUGUGCAAGUAUUUUGAUGGCCGGUGCGCCUUGGAACGCAUCGCUUUACAAGAGGACAUGAAGCGGAAGCUGGUAUGGAAUACACUGACAGCUAUGAGCGAGUAUUUGCUCUGUACCCGUCAUUGGUGA